GAAGGUAGGGCUGGCAGCAGCUGCUGCCGCAGGUGGACAAACAGGUGAGGAGGUGGCAGGAUAGAAAAGGCGCUCCCUGGAGACCUGCAUGCAGAAAGCCGAAGCAGGGAGACAUUUGAAGCAAGAGAUAAAGAAGAUGGAGAAAAAGCAGAACACAAAGAAAUAUGGGAGAGCAGGUGCUGGGCGGCCAGGUGGUCCCACAACAGGAAGCCGGCAAACAACAGGCACGUUUGGGUGGAGGUCUGAGGCUCCUCCCCUCGGGAGGUGGGGCCAGAAUGGGACAGAGACAGAGGUAGUUCCCACUCCUUUCCCCAGCACUUGCUUCUCCAGGAGUCAGUCUGAGUCAGGAGGAUCCACCGCUGGAGAGCAAGUGUCACCUGUAGUGUGGCCUGAGCAGCUGCGGCGACGAGGGUCAUGUGGGUGGAGGUGAGCAAACUGGGCAGCAGAGAAUUUAAAAAUCCUGGUGGCCAGACCGGCUCCAACAGGAUGUUGGGGUGGGGGGACAGGCAGGAGUAGUUUUCAAAGCUCCCCAAAGGGUGCAGCCAAGGACAGACGCCCCUGCAGUGGAGGUAGAGAGGGACGCUCAGGGCCACCAGUGCUGGGCGGCAAGCCAGCGCCCUUGAGGAUAGUAAGUACAGGGAAGCUGCAGCGGGAAGAUUCUCUGAAGACUUAUUAGAUGGGAGGAACCCCAGGCAGCAUUGUUUUGUUAAAGGAAGGUGUCCCCAUCCCCAGGGUCAGAGUUGGUAAUUCUUAACCUCUGGAGCUGGACACAUUUCAGCUGUGCUCCUGGCCCCACAAAGGAUUACAUUCGGCCCGUCUGAUGCUGAAUGGAGAGAGACAUUGACCCGCAGCUAGUUUCCGGCAGCCCGGGUGCAGAGCUCCACAGAGAACACAGGACCCAAGACUGAGCUUUAAAGAACACCGAGCACCUCCUACCACUUCAGACCAAAAGCUACCUAAAAUCAGGAUUAUUGAGCCAGAGGAAGAGCUAUCCAUGGAGAAUAGCCCCACUAUGGCUAAAAUGGACCAGGGUGAAAAUCAGGUUUUACCAAGUCCAAGAAGAAGACGCCUCCCCAAGGCACUUGGCUACGUCACCGGUGAUAUGAAAGAAUUUGCCAGCUGGCUUAAAGACAAACCACAGGUGCUCCAGUUCGUAGAUUGGGUUCUUCGGGGCAUAUCCCAAGUGGUGUUCGUCAGCAACCCCAUCAGCGGAAUCCUGAUUCUGGUGGGGCUCCUCGUCCAGAAUCCCUGGUGGGCUCUCAAUGGCUGUGUGGGAACAGUGGUCUCUACCCUGACGGCCCUGUUACUUGCUCAGGACAGGUCAGCAAUUGCAGCCGGGCUGCAGGGCUACAACGGCACCCUGGUGGGAAUCCUCAUGGCUGUCUUUUCAGACAAGGGCAACUAUUUCUGGUGGCUGUUAUUCCCUGUGUCUGCUAUGUCCAUGACUUGUCCAGUUUUCUCAAGCGCACUGAACUCCUUGUUCUGCAAAUGGGACCUCCCCGUCUUCACCCUGCCCUUCAACAUGGCGUUGUCAAUGUACCUUUCGGCCACGGGACAUUACAAUCCGUUCUUCCCAGGCAAACUGUUCAAACCUAUAACCGAGGUUCCCAAUGUCACCUGGACUGACCUCAGUGCCCUGCAGCUGUUGAAAUCCCUGCCCGUGGGUGUCGGUCAGAUCUACGGCUGCGAUAACCCGUGGUCGGGGGGCAUUUUCCUGGGCGCCAUUCUGCUCUCCUCCCCGCUCAUGUGCCUGCACGCUGCCAUCGGGUCGCUGCUGGGGAUAGCGGCAGGACUCAGUCUUUCAGCGCCAUUUGAGAACAUCUACUUUGGACUCUGGGGUUUCAACAGCUCUCUGGCCUGCAUUGCAAUGGGGGGGAUGUUCAUGGCACUGACCUGGCAAACCCACCUGCUGGCUCUUGCCUGCGCCCUGUUCACUGCCUACCUUGGAGUCAGCCUGUCACACAUGAUGGCUGUGGCGGGAUUGCCAGCUUGUACCUGGCCUUUCUGUUUGGCCACACUACUGUUCCUCUUGCUGACCACGAAAAAUGCCAACAUGUACAGGAUGCCCCUCGGUAAAGUCACUUAUCCUGAAGAAAACCGCAUCUUCUACAUACAAGCCAAGAAAAAAAGGAUGGUUGAAAGCCCUUUGUGAGAGCAACCCCACCCACAGCCAUAGUCACAAGGGGUGGCUGACCGACUGCCCCAGGUGACCCCCAGGGUCUUGGCAAACUGCUGUUCUUUGCCCUUAACGACUUUCGCACUACUAACCCAUUGGCGAUCUGCUCUUAGGCUCAUUUUGUAGCUUCCUCUUAGACUCCAGGAGCAUCCCCAAACAUGUGAGAGACCAGAUGGUGUGCUCUGGUGGGGCGUUGGUGCUAAGACUAAUAUAUUCAUAAGGUCAAGUGCUCCAACAGAAUGAAGACGUGAGACCAGAGCUAAUGAUUGACAUUUAUUGAUAUUCUUGGUGUUUGGUUAGGCUACGUGAUGUUAACAGUAUUAAAAAUUAAGCUCUACAACUAAGCCUCAAGCGAAUGGAAUUCAUGGUCACAAAGUCAAAGUCAACCCAGAAUUCUCAGAUAAGCAGUGUGACUUGUUUGAAAUCAAUACAAGUUACGCAUGACAGUGGUAGUGCCCACAGCUCAUGCCCCAGCCCCUCAGCAGAACAGCCUGGAUCCUGCCCUGUGUGGGUGGGAUUCUCUUACGGGAGAUGGGCUGAUUCUUUCCAGGUGGACACAGCUGUGGGAGAGAGAAAGGGAUUUUAUCAGUCAAAAUUAUUCUGGAAUGUUAUUUUUCUUAGACGUGGCAAAGGAUUUUUUUUUUUUAGAUAAGGUUUAUUAUCUUUUUCUUAUGAGAAUGCAUUUGUGUUUUCAAUGAGGUAAAAUAAGAGAAGUUCCUGGCUUAACCAGUUCCUAGAUAUUAAAGAAAAGUUACAUUUUUAUGAAAUAUUCGGCAUAGCUGUUUUCACUGUAAUCCACAUGUUGAUUUUGUAAAUGCCAGGAAUGUGUAAAACCAAGUUAUCAGCAUCCAAGGGUCCUUUAACGCCACAAUUUGCAAUCCAUUUGGGAUGUUUGACAUGUUAUAAAGCCUGAAAGUUAAGUUCAGAUUGUUUCUGGAUGCUUGGAAGUUGUUGAAUUUCUUUAAAAAAAAAAAAUCAUUAAAAAAAAAAAGUCAUUAUUAUCUGCACACUCACAAUAUUCUCACUCAGAACCCAAAGGUAAAGGGUUCUCCUGUUUUUCUUUGUUUUAAUUUUAAAGUAAUCAGUCCUAUAAACAUCCUAUAACCAAACACAGUGAGGAUGCCAUAGAAAGUGCCACUCGCUACCUUCCGCUGAAUCUGUAUGGAUUCAGUGUUUUGGAGGAUUCGGAAAGAGAAACCGUGGAAUCCUAAAGGGUUUUUCCCCCCUUGGGGUUUGCAGUGCUCAGUGCAAAAUAUUUAGGUUGCUGCAGGAAUAAACAGAAGAAGGGAAGCCAACCUAAAAUAUUUCAGGGAGAAGUCCACUUCUUCCUUUUCUCAGGAAAACAAACAUUGUUCUGAUUUAACAACCCUGUGACCAAAGCCUUUUGAAACCCUGAAUUUGCAACUGUCAUAGAGUCAUGUGGAAAAACUAAAUCUUCACCGUGUGAACGGAAAUCUCCCUUGUUAGGGAAUUUGUGAAAUAAGACUUGGUGGGAGGGCAGGGGAGGAGGACUCAAAAACGAAAGCAGAACCAAAGAUAAACCAGGAGAGAAGAGUCCAGGCUGUGGUUGAGUGAACCAGAGCCUCUGACAUGCCUCCAGGCCCAUCUUCACAGGACAUGGAGUGUUCUCCGUAUACCUUCUGCUGGUGGACUCACACAGGCGUGUAAAUAGGAACAUUCUAAAGCCUUGUACAUUGCCGAAUUUAAAUGGUAUUAAUUUUUUCAAGCUGUUUUUGUUACUAAGUGUUACCCUGAAAUGAAGUAUUUUGUUAGUUUCCUCAGGGAUCACUUGGAUUCUUUUCCUAUUGUCUGUAUAACAAAUUUCUAGGUAAGAAUAUGAAUAAAAUUAUACUCACAGCUCAGUUUUGUACAGAUUUUGUUUAAAAGUCACCUAUGCCUUUUAUAGCUAUCGUGCGUGUAUAUUAACAAUCACAUGCAUAAUUGUGUCUUGCUUGUAUCUGCUUAUGUUUUGAUGUGCUGGUAUCCUGAUUCCUUUCUUCUACUUGGUAACAGCACCAGACGUGUCACUGAGCAAACCCUGUUCAAGUCAGAUAUAUGGGCCCAUCCCUGUGGGUCUCCUCUCAACUACACAUCGUUCUCCCCACUCAGGGUUGAGACUGGAUUACUGAGGAUAGCCAUGGACGUUCAGGACAUGCUCCUAAGACUUUAAGAUGAAUAUCCCGCCAGGCAGCUCCAGGCAUCCCGUCCGGGCCCUCGGUACCCCACCAGGACU